AUGGCUGAGGAGGAGGAAGUUACUGCAGCCACCGAGAAAGUUAUCCGCGUCCAGAGGGUGUUUGUAAACCACCUGGAUUCAUACAGCAGCGGGAACAUCGGGAAGUUUCUGUCUAACUGUGUAGUUGGGGCUUCUCUCGAAGAAAUUACAGAAGAGGAGGAGGAAGAAGAUGAAAAUAAGUCAACCAUGCCUGAAGCCUCAUCAGCCAAACUGAAGGAAGGCACGUUCCAGGUCGUGGGCACGCUCUCCAAGCUCGAAAGCGUUCGGCCCGACUUUGCCGUGGAGACAUACGACAUCAUCUCUCGGGAAGACCUCCUCAUGCGCCUCCUGGAGUGUGACGUCAUUGUUUAUAACAUCACUGAGAACCCACAGCAAGCUGAGGAGGCCAUCUGGGCAGUCUCUGCACUGAAAGAAGAAGUCAACCACUUUGAGAAGCGGAAGGUGUUUAUUUUAGUAUCUACGGUGAUGACCUGGGCACGAUCCAAACCCCUGGACCCUGAUGAUUCUGAGAUUCCAUUCACUGAAGAGGAUUAUCGAAGAAGAAAACACCAUCCAAAUUUUUUGGACCACAUAAAUGCUGAAAAAAUGGUUCUCAAAUUUGGAAAAAAUGCCAAAAAACUCACGACUUAUGUGGUUGCUGCUGGACUUCAAUAUGGAGUGGAAGAAGGCAUCUUACAUUAUUUUUUUAAGAUAGCUUGGUUGGGUGAGGUCCCUGCAUUACCAGUGUUUGGAGAUGGAACAAAUGUAAUUCCAGCAAUUCAUGUUCUUGAUCUAGCAGGAGUGAUACAAAACAUAAUAGACCACGUGCCAAAGCUUCAUUACCUGGUUGCCGUGGACGAGUCUGUUCAUACCCUGGAAGACUUGGUCAAGUGCAUCAGUAAAAACACUGGCCCUGGGAAAAUCCAGAAAAUACCCAAAGAAAAUGCUUUCCUAACCAAGGACUUAACGCAAGAAUGCCUUGACCAUUUACUGGUCAACUUGAGGAUGGAAGCACUUUUUGUGAAGGAGAAUUUUAACAUUCGUUGGGUUGCCCAAACAGGAUUUGUGGAAAAUAUCAACAAUAUCCUCAAAGAGUACAAGCAAAGCAGAAGAUUAUUGCCGAUCAAGAUUUGCAUUCUUGGUCCUCCUGCUGUGGGAAAAUCCAGUAUUGCUGAAGCCUUGUCAAAGCACUACAAGCUGCAUCACAUUAAAUUGAAGGAUGUUAUUUCCGAAGCCAUAGCAAAACUGGAGGCGAUUGUCACACCUAAGGAUGAAGGGGAAGAAGAAGAGGAAGGUGAAGAGGAAGAAGAGGAGAAUGUGGAAGAUGCGCAGGAGCUCUUGGAUGGCAUCCACGAAAACAUGGAGCAGAACGCAGGCCGACUAGAAGAUCAAUAUAUAAUUAGAUUUAUUAAAGAAAAAGUGAAAUCUAUGCCUUGCAGGAAUCAAGGUUAUAUUUUGGAUGGAUUCCCAAAGACCUAUGAUCAAGCUAAAGACCUGUUCAAUCAAGAAGAUGAGGAAGAAGAAGAAGAAGUCAGAGGCAAAAUGUUGCCCUUUGAUAAAUUAAUCAUACCUGAGUUCGUUUGUGUGCUGGAUGCCUCGGAUGAGUUCCUGAAGGAGCGGGUGAUGAACCUUCCCGAGAGCAUCGUGGCGGGGACCCACUACAGCCAGGACCGCUUCCUCCGGGCUCUGAGCAACUAUCGGGAUCUCAAUACUGAAGAUGAGACGGUCUUGAACUAUUUCGAUGAAAUUGAAAUCCACCCGAUACAUAUUGAUGUAGGAAAACUUGAAGACUCUCAGAACAGACUUGCCAUCAAACAGCUCAUCAAAGAGAUUGGGGAGCCUCGAAAUUAUGGUUUAACGGAUGAAGAAAAGGCAGAAGAGGAGCGGAGGGCUGCUGAGGAACGACUGGCCAGGGAGAUGAUGGAGGAAGCAGAGCGUGAGCACAAGGAAGCCAUGGAAAUGGCCGAGAAGAUGGCUCGCUGGGAGGAGUGGAAUAAGCGGCUAGAGGAAGUAAAAAGAGAAGAAAGAGAAUUACUAGAGGCCCAGUCUAUUCCCCUGAGAAACUAUUUGAUGACCCACGUUAUGCCAACACUGAUGCAGGGUUUGAACGAGUGUUGUAAGGUCAGACCGGAUGAUCCUGUUGAUUUUCUGGCAGAGUAUCUCUUCAAGAACAAUCCUGAAAUGCAGUGAAACUUUAAAGAUCGUGUGUGAUAUACCUUUACAGAGUUAAAGAUGAGAUUAACACUGUAAUUUGAAAUUUUGCUUGAAAAAAAUGCUUUUCCAGUUUUUGGAAAAUUCUUUGUUUUCGCCACAAGUAAAUGCUUUAUUAUUAAUUUUGCAAAUAUUUUAUUAAGUAGAAUCAUUAUAAAAAGCUGUAUGGCAACAAGUGACUUUGUUACAGAACUUUAUUUGAAAAGUAAAUUGAUAAAAGUAUGCAUAGCUCAUGGGACAAAUACUGAUUUAAUAUUCUUAGUCAAAGUGUUCUAUACACUUGGAUUUACAGUAAUUUAUAGCAUGAAGAAAGUCAGACUAUAUAUUAUUUGAACACAUAGGCUAAUGACUUUACACAAUUUGUGAUGGCCCCAAUGCCAAUGGGGUCAGGAAUAAAUGAAAAUGGUUUAUGCUUUGUUGACUCACACUUAAUCAAAUGUCAUUUGUUUCUGCUAGGUUAAUUUUUUGAGUUCAGAGUCAGUAUCAAAACAAUGAGUCAGAGAGAGAAUUGUAAACCUCUUGGUAGAAGAGUUCCAAUAAGAGAAUGAAUCCUAAUAUUUGUGAUAAUUAAAAGUUGCUGAAUAUUUUCA